GGUUAACCCAUUAUUUCGUAUAGUGUCGCCGGUUCCUUUAAAAAUGGCUUUUUGAUAUAUGUUUUUUUUUUUCUUUUUUUUAGGAAAAACGGUUUCUAAAAGGCAGAGGAAAAGGAAAACCCCUUCCUCUUGCUCGGAACUCAUAUUCUGAGACCAACAGCACAAGCGUAUAAAGCCAGUGCUACAAGCAGAAAAUAUAUGCAACAGCAAUAACAACCAUGUCCAUGUGGUCUAGUAGCUCCUCGUUCUUCUACAAACACCAUUCUUUCAACCCCAAUUUCUUUUCAAGUCGCACCAUCAAACCAGUUAUUCGCACUAGGUUUGUCAAGUGCUCGUCUUCGGAUAAUGCCAACGAUAUCCAUGAAUUGUUAAAGAUCCUUCCACACGAUUUGCGUGACAACCUUGUGAUGGAAUCUAAAAAAGAUCAACUGUUGGAGGUAAUAUUGGAUCUAGGUCGGUUGCCACAGGCAUGCUUCCUCGGUGAUUCAGGUCGAAGAUACAUAAGAGAUACCGAGAUAUCAAUGGAAGAGCUAGAGUUUGCUGAAAAUGCAAUUGGAGAAAUUGGAGGGGAUAACAGAGGUGGUAUCAGUGGCACCCUGCACCGCAUAUCUGCAGUGAGGAGUAGGAAAGGGGUUGUGGUUGGGUUGACUUGCCGAGUUGGCAGGGCAGUUAAGGGAAUCACUGACAUAGUGCGGGAUCUACUUGAGUUUGGAGAGAGUAUCUUGUUUAUUGGAAGGCCUGGUGUAGGGAAGACUACUGUUAUGCGAGAGAUAUCCCGAGUUCUUUCAGAUGAGCUACAUAAAAGAGUGGUGGUUGUGGAUACGAGCAAUGAAAUAGGAGGUGGUGGGGAUAUAGCACAUCCAGCAAUAGGCAGUGCAAGAAGAAUGCAGGUUUGUAAACCCUCAAUGCAACACAAAGUGAUGAUCGAGGCAGUUGAGAAUCACAUGCCUCAAGUCAUCAUUGUUGAUGAAAUCAGCACAAGGGCUGAAGUUAUUGCUUGUCAAUCCAUUGCUAAAAGAGGAGUCAUGCUUAUUGCUAGUGCCCAUGGUGAUCACUUGGAAAAUAUUAUAAAGAAUCCUGUUUUGUCUCGUUUGGCCGGGGGAAUAGAAUCUGUUACUUUAGGGGAUCAAGAAGCCCAACAGAGAGAUGGAAGGAAAAGUGUGAGUCAGAGGGCUGGACCUCCUACCUUUCCCUUUAUGAUUGAAAUCAGAGAUAGACACUGCUGGGUUAUACACAAGACAGAAAGAAGUGUGGAUGCGUUGCUUCGAGGGAAAAAGCCUCGGGUGGAGAUUCGAAAGCGGGACAAAGAAAUGAAAGUUAUUAUAGAAAAAUGUAAAAUCAAGAAUUAAAAUGGCAACAUGAUCCGGUUGAUAAAUUGUGUUUUCUUUUUACACGAAUUUCAUCUGAUAAGAACAACAAAGGCAGUUAUAAAAAAUGGUGGAAGAUCAAUUGUGGAACACUAACAAGGUGUCUAAGGGUUUGAAUCCUUGAUCUUGUGUUUGAAAUUUUACUCCUCAACCAUUAGACUCUUAUGGUCCGAGUAAAAACACUUUAAUUCACAAUUAUAUUAUUAUCAUAUAAAUAUUAGUAUGUACAUCAAUAAUCUUAUGUCUUAGUAGCAUACAAAAGCAGUCGAAAACAAAAAGAUUAUAGAAAACUAAACCUUUUGUGUAAAUUGAGGUUUUUAUUCUUGUUUGUUGUUUUUUAUAGAUGUUAUAGAAAGUAUUUUUUUUCUUUUAAUAUAUUUUUUGAAAAGUAUCUGUUUCAUGUGUUUAGUUCCUAUUUUCUAGGCC